CUUAGUAAAGGACUGAUUAUAUGAAUCACAGUAGCAAAAUGUUCUUGCAGAGCACAUACCCCGCUCCCUGACUUUAGCGUCCAAGGGAAGCUGUAUACCGUUCCAGACGAGGGUUUUACUUUAGACAUGGGUUAGCACAUAGCCCCCUGCAUUACAGAGCAGUAGCUACUGAGCUAGGAUCCAAAAGUGUCCUUAAAUGAAGUUACUUGUGGCUCUUUAUUGGACAAAAAUAAAUUCCAACUGGGCCAUAUAACAAAUGAAACUCAAGUACAAAAAUGUAAUGAUAUUUAUUCACACAGCUGCCAGCAAACUCACAUGCACUAUGAGUCAUUCCAGAUGUGGAUAAAAACAAAGUCUGUCUGUGAAAGUAAGUUUCCUGAUCCCGAGGAGACUUCGUUUGGGAGUGGAGCUGCACACUGACUUCAGCUGUACUCAGAACAGACAGGUUCUCCUUCAAAGGGGGAGGGGGAGAGGAAAAGCCAUUUAUUUAUUCCUGAAAAGAAAGGAACUAGGAAAUUGAAAAAGCUACUAUACAGCUAGACAUGUGUAUUUUAAAGAGAAGGAUGCUUUGGAAGACUUUACUGCUGCUGUUGUUCUAUUACAGUGCUCAUGCCACUGUGACCCACAAAUGGAACAGAGCUAUGCUUUUCCCAGCUGCUCAGCGAUUCAAGAGGUCCUCAGCUGCCUUCCUUAACCCAGUGCUACAAAACUCGCUGGAUGAUGUGGUCCUGCUUUAUGAGUUUCUCUUAGCUGAGCUUGACAUUGACAAAAGUCAGAGGAUCUCCAUCAAAGAUGAGGAGCUUGCUUCACUGAGGAAGGCUGCUAAAUUUGACACCAUCUGCAAUGAGAUUAUCCCCAAGAGCAUCACAGAGAUCCGCAGGCUGAGUAGCAUGCUGUCCUCCUACCCAAGGGUCCUCAAGAAAGAAGACUUUGAAAGGACAGUGUUGACCAUGGUCUACACAGCCUACAGGGCUGCUCAGUCCCAGGGGCACCAGAAAGACGCUUGGGCUGAAUCCUUCGUCAGUCUUUACAAAGCCCUGAAGCACGACUUGAUGUUUCCAUACAACAAAGACACAUCAUAGGGGGAGACUUGAUGCAACGGUAACUCAGCCACCCCUUGUGGUUGAUAAGGGACACAUAUAGCACGUCCACCACUUUAUGCUGUAAAGAGUUUAAGAAUCUGCUUCAAGAUUAUUUGUUUUCUAGCUCCCCCUUGUGGAAUCCACUUUCUAGUUCCAUGUUAAAUGGAGAAUGAUGUUAUCUUCGGUCCGGGGAAUUUGAUUUUUGUGCUGCCUUGGGAGGCACAUUCUGUGACAGGCAAAGAAAUUCCAGUGUAUGCCCCAGACAGACAUGCCCUUGUUUCAUCCUGUGGGUUUCCUAUAAGCAGUACAGAAGUAUACUAUACUUAGGCUUACAUACUUAUGCAUACGAGCUGGAGAAUGCUGAUUUCUUAGCUAGGGAAACAAAUUCAUAUUUUGGCUGGCCAGAAAAAGAAUAUUAUAAAGACAUGCAAAGGCCUUCUGAAAAAGGAAGAGGUUUCAUAACUGUCAGUCUAAGAAAUUAUGCCACAUAUUAUUCAUUCCAAAUAUUCUUCUAAAUAAGCACUGUCUGAUUCACUUCAUUUGCCUGAGCCAGUUUUUAAUUGCAAUAACAUUUGCAGAAGACAAAGGGCAUUGUGGAUACCAGCAGCAAACAGUGCCUGUGAACAUGCUCUUUGCUUCCUAGCCCUCCCAAACAGUCUGCAAUGAUUCUUUCAUUAUUUGCACAUGACUUUGCUUCUGCUGCUUGUUUUUUGAAGGGAACAUGUCCUCAGCAGAGUCAAAGGCCCUGUUUAAUUUAAUGAUGACACAUUUUUCCUGGUUCUAUCACUUGAACGUAGCUCAUCUAAACCCACGCUUCAGAACACUCCUGAGGCAAGGGAGGAAGGUGCAUUAAAACAUGGUGCUGAAUUUAGCAGUGUGGCUCAUUUUUGGUAGUAAAUUAUAUAUUUACUUGUGUGUAUAUGUGUGUAUAUGUCGAUGCAUAGGUGUGCAUGUAAGUGAUGAGUACAUGGAGAAUCCUAAAUUGUUCAGUCCCAGAACAAUUAUAUCCAGUCACUUAGCAGAAAAGACGUUCAUCGGUCCAGUGGUGGGAAUUAUGAGUCUGAGAGCAGUGGAGAAACAGUACUUGUUUCAGCAGCAAAAACUGUUUGUAAAAAUAGUGCAACUAAGUAUUAUGAACUAUAAAAAAUCAUGGACAGAAAAUGGACAGAAAAAGAAAGUAAAUCUUGUCAGACAGAUGACUACAGUCAAAAAAUGCAAACUAUUCUAAAGCAAAUCCCCUACAUUUUAUGAUCAAAUUACACAGACUGUUUCUCUAUUGAUAUUAGAGGUUCUUCUACUUCCAGAGCAUGGGAAAACAGCUGAACAUUUAUUUCGUCCUUUCAUACCAGCACUCCCUAUUUCUCUAUCUGCAUGAUAUUUUAAGCAUAAAAUCACAAAUCACUGCAGCUGUAGAAAUGAACUCAGGAUUCCAGCCCCUGUUCUGAAUCACAUUUAACUGCUUUUGCAUCACCAGACCGAAAGGAAUGAACCCUUCUGUGUCCCUUAACAGGGAUACUCCAAGGACCGAAGCUGAAAAACUCCAUCCAGCACCGCCUUGUUGCAGCAAACAGCAGCCAGAGCACACUGGGUUUGGCAAUUACCCAUGGGAAUGUGGAUCCACAGCAGCCUUUGGGUUUGGCAAUUACCCAUGGGAAUGUGGAUCCACAGCAGCCUUAGGGACAGGCAGCUGGACAAAGGGCUUAUAAAAGACAGUCAGUCCUGUUUCUCCAAGCAGUUUCUGUAUGUGUAUGCAUGACUGUACAGAUUUGCAUUUAGAUGCACUUAUGUGUAGGUGCGCUUUCAUACCUGAAGAUGUUUGUUGGCCAUCUUCAAAGCCUGGCUGGUAUAUGGCAAAGAAAACUGAAAACCUCAACCACAAAGCUAUGAGCCCGAAGCAUCCCCAUCUCCUCUGCUUGCGCACACAGCUCAGGGCCCACAAAGCAGCCUUGCGCUACAGCCCACAUGCUUUUUAAGCCUUGAGAAUUAACACUGAUCAUGUGUUUGUGUUUUCUUCCCAUACCAUGCUUUAUAAACACAUGGAGGGGAAAUGCUUUAAAGUGUACUCCUGCCUUUCCAGCUCUGUUUCUUGGCUCCCUGAAGCACCGCUCGCUGGAAGUGCCUGGAACCAGAGAGAUUCAUAAAUCUCUUACAGCCAGUGGUUCCAAGUCUGCAAAGAUAACAAGAGUGAGCACCACAGCAAGCAUGCUAGCAGUUACUAUCCAGAGAAAUACAUCCCACCAUGCUUCCCACUGCAUAGGAAGACUGUCAAGUGGUCAGAAUUUACUCAUCAGCAAGUAUCUCAUAGAAAAGAAUUAUAGAUAAUUUUGAAUAUCCAAAUAUUCCCUAUAGCAUACAUACCUUUCAAACUGGUAAUUGAAAUUUUUAUCUCCUCAAUAGAAAAUAAAAUUUUUCUGAGUUUGUGUCCCUCUUGCCAUUACUGUGUGUAAUGUAAAAAAGAUUUAUUCCUUGGGUAUGUGCUAGGAGUGCCCAAGUUAAUUUAACAGAGACUAUCAAUGUAAUAAUAAAAAUAUUCUACAUAAAACUAA